AUGGGUCUGAACAAGGACGCCAGCCACACGUACGUGCACAUGCACCGCGCGCGCGACGCCGAUCUCUUUGAGGAUUUCUGCAAGGAGAAGCUGCCGGACGACGAGGUCUACGUGCCGCCGCAGCACCAGCCGAUCAACCCGGAGGACGAGGAUGACGUGGUGCCGGACCAGCACGCGGCGUUUGGGAUCACCAAGGCGACGCAACGGCAGCGGGAGGCGGCGUGGAAGGAUUUGGGACUGUCUGGGUUGAUGAAUCGGGGGCCGCCGCCGGCUGGGGGGCAGGCGGGGGCUGGAGGGAGUUCUGGGGUUGCUGGUGGUGGUGUGAAAAGGUUGCCGCGGUAG